UAGCGUACGCGCGUACCGUGCUCGGCCGGGCCUGCGCACACACGAUAACGCUCACUCUCUCUCUCUCUCUCUCUCUCUCUCCAUCUCUCGCUGCUCAUCGAUAGUCGGACGGAUUCCAAGACGUGUCGUCUGAUUUCGUCUUCUGAUCGGAUUUACCGCAUCUCGGCACGAUGGGCGGAUGAGGAGCGGAAGCAAGAAGGAGCAGCAGAGAGAGAAGCAACAGCAAGAAUAUGAAUGCAUACACGACACGCGUCUGUGAUAGGUCUCAUGUAGUGGCGAGCUUUCGUGUAUAACGGAUAUUUCUAUAACGAGCGUAUUGCUUGGGAUUGCCUACUAUGGCAUGCAGUAGCAUCUAGCUGCCUGUUUUAUCCUAAACAAGACGACCGACGACGACGACGACGACGACCUGCGAGAAUGUCGUCGUUCACCGACGGACAGUUUAUGAGAAGCUGCAGCGAGAGGCUGGGAGAGGGACGCCGCAGUCUGGAGCGGCUCUGGAAGCAACGCAGUCACGUUAGUCUCGAAAAAGAAUCGAUGCUUGCAUGCGAGUGGCUAAGGAUGGCCGGCUUUCCUCAGUAUGCGCAGAUGUACACAGACAAACAAUUUCCGAUCGAUGUUGUUACAGUGGAGGUCGACCAUGGGAACCUCGGUAAAGAAAUGCUGCGACCGCUCUAUAGGCGGCUUAACACGCUGAACCUGUGUGCAAAGAUGAAGCUCGAUACUAGCGCCGCCGCUCUGAAGUCGGAUGCUCAGGACGAGGAGAAUCUCUUCGCCUUUAGUGAGAACUGGAACUACCAGCCGUCGCUGCAGCACUGGCUUCACAUCACCGAGCCGACGGAGCCGCCGCGCCACCCGCCGCGCUCGCCGCCCGCCAGCCCGCACUUUACGCUCGGUUCUUCCGACGAGCCGAACGAGCCGACGACCUUCUCCGAGGGAUGGCGCCACCAGCGCCGCCCGACGCCGCGUUCGUCGCCGGCGCUCUCCGGCUGGAGCUCGUGCGAGUUCGGCGGCAGCUCGGGUCACUCGGCCGCCAACGACAGCGGCAACGAUUGGAGCGCCGCCGCCGCGCCUGGCGCCGGGGCGCAGACGAAGCGAGCGACGCGAGCGGGCGUGGCGUACCGCCGCCGCGGCGGCAGCGACUCCAACCUGCUGCAGCUUGACCGCCCGGCGACGCCGAACCGCGAGCGACCAGCCGACGCGUUUAGGGACCGCGCGAGGGCGCUGCUGAGCCAGCUAGGCGGCGGACUGAAGCGACGCAGCGUCAGCGACCUCGUCGGCCUGUGCAAGUCGCCGUCGUUCGACGCGCCCCCUAGCGCCGAGCGUAAGUCGUGGCAACUGAGCUGUGUCGACCUGCCCGCCGGCGACAGGGACCUAGAGGGCGCUCGCGGCAGCGGAGGUGGGGGUGGGGGCGCCGCGGCGGAGAUGCCGGCGUACAGUCCCGGUCACCCGGUGACUAAGAGCGAACAGCACAAGCCGCGCGGCAAGUCGAAGUACCGUAAGAAGGCGUACGGAGGCAAGGGCCGCAGCACGAGCGAUACGCUCUUCCUCGGCUACGGGCGGGAGUCCGUGACCCCUGGUGACCCCCGUGACUCGCCGAGGCAGCAGACGCCCGCCGUGCCGCUGCUCCGCACGCAGUCGAGGCCGCUGCUGGUGGCGCCCCCUAGCCCGCCGACGAGAGCCGAUCUUCUCAAUCAGUCCUACUCGCUAGCGCAGAGAAGGUCGGGGAGGAGAGAGGAGAGGAGAGGGGAUAAACGGGAGGAGACGAAACAAGAAUGGGACGUCGCCGAUCCACAGCCGUCAUACGGCAAGAAAGCGUCUGGAGUAGAGGACGCCACCGACGCGCCGUGGCGCUGCAGCGUCUAUGACAACGUGUCGCUGCCGGUCAGCGUCACCUACAAUCCAGCGUACGAGGGCCGCCAGCUGCAGCCCUCCAAGGACGACGACCUCAUGAGAAGCAUCAACGAACUCAACUCUGUCGAGGAGAGCAUAGCGUCGCUGUGCAAAGACCUGGAAAACCUACAGGAAGCCAUGUUGAACAAACCGGAGAAGGAGCGCAGGGAUUCGGGGAUAGGCGCGUCAUUGACAUUACCAAGUGACCUGAAGGGGAGGGUUCGAUGGCACAACUUCACCAAGUUCCCAACCGUACUGUCGAGCCUCGACGACGUGGCCAUCGAAAGUCUGACCGUCGGCCAGGUGAUGGUGCUACAGAAGCUAUCCCUGCUGCGACUGACCACGCUUCUGGAGAGUUACUCACAGGAGUUCAGCAGACUGGGCUGGAACUGGUCUGCACCGAAGCUGAAGAGCAAGAUGAAGAAGCUAAAAUAUUCAGAAUUCAGAGGUAAGAUGGCGCGUUUACAUUUGCUGCGCGGAGCAAUUUCUCUGACGUCGUCCGUUGCCAGGGCGACAGUGUUCGGAGUUCCUCUCGCUAUUUCCAGGCAGCAGCAACUAGGUCAGCCGCUGCCACGCUGCAUCCUCUCGGCGAUGCGCCACCUGGUGACCAACGAGCUCGACUGUGAUGGUCUGUUUCGCAAGCCGGGCGUUCGCUCACACAUACAGCGGCUGCAUUGCGCCAUCGAGGCAAACCCAGACAUGAACGAGUUUGACGGGUACCAGGCCUACUGCAUCGCCGACACCAUCAAGCAGUACUUCAGGGAGCUUCCCGACUCGCUGAUGACGGCCAAGCUGUCACAGACGUUCGUGACGAUAGCCUCAGCUGUUCCUGAGGAGCAGCGGCUUGAAGCGAUGAAGGGCGGCGAUGAUGCGGCUCAUGCCCUGAUGAAGCAUAGGGAGGCCUGUCCGCAUCCUGCUGCGAGUUCGCGUAUACGAGCGGAUGAACAUAGGAGGCUGUCCAUCCUGCUGCAGUUCCUAUACGAGGUUACCCAGCGCAGACACGUAAACCAAAUGACAGCGCACAACCUGGCAGUGUGUCUCGCGCCGUCACUCUUCCAGAUCGGUUCGCAAAUGCGCAGCUCCAGCACAAGUCCCAUCAGAGGGCGCAGGGGUAGCCACGGGGCGGUUCCCGACCAGAGGGAGCUGGUCGAAAACAGGGCCGCCUGUGAUUGUCUGGCGCUGAUGAUAGUCGAACAGUCUCGACUGUUCACGGUGGCGCCACUAAUGCUGUUUGAGACGGGCUUGAGCGCGAUGCAGACAGGAGAACCUGCCAGCCUGCAGGAGAUGGAGGAUAUGGGAGCUGGUGGUCAGCGCGCACACGUUGACGCAUGCGUGCAGGGUCUACUAAAGGAGUGUCAAGACAACCCGAAAUGCAAGGGCUGGGUACUGGUCGCCGCCUACCAAGGGGUCGACAUCUUCUGCAAGGCGCUUGCCGACGGCUACCCACUGAAGCUGUGGCGAUGCACAAUCGAGACAGAGGCGCCACCUCUCGACGUUCUCAGUAGGCUGCUGUGGGGAAGGCAAACCUGGGAUAAGAGAUUUGUGCAAUGGCGCAUCACGGAGAAGCUCGAUCGGAAUUCGGACAUAUUUCAGUACGUGGAGGGCAGCGACUCGCCUCUCUCACCGAGAGAUUACUGCGUGUUCAGGUCGUGGAAGACCGAUCUGCCGAAGGAAACGUGCUCGGCCGUUAUCACGUCCGUCAGUCGGCCGGAGGAAGAGUCGCUCGCCGACGUCAGAGGAGUCGUGCUGGCGUCGCGCUACCUGAUCAAGCCCUGCGGGUCGGGGAGGUCAAAAAUCAUGCACUUCUGCAGGGUCGACACCAGAGGACGCUCUGCGGACUGGCACAACAACUUUUACGGCUACCAGGUGGCGUCCCAGCUGCUGGCGCUGGCUCGGUCAUUUGACAGUCACGUGGUGCGGUGUGGCGAGACGAAUCUGUAGUCCACAGUCAACGUAGUCACCUCUCGCGUUUUGCGUGUAGAAGUAUAUAAUAAAUAAGCAGCUUUUGCCAUGUGUUUCAUUCCUUAGAUGUUUAUCAACGUGGCGCGCGCUUCGGGUAGUUAUCUGCUAGGUUGUCUGUACAGUAGUAGCACACGAGUACGUCCGAUGCUUGUUCGACGAGCCUGAGUGCGAUGCUUGUCCGCAUUCGCAAAUAUGCGGCGAUAGUUUGAAAGGGGAUUUGAUGGCACACCCGCGAAAACACAAUAAAACCGGCGAGCCUUUUUUCGAAAACGCUCCCCGUCUGCGUGCAACAUGGAUUUAAGCUAGAAGAUCUUCAGCCGCAAAAUAUACAACGCCUACGUGCAUCCAACACGAUGGAAGCAAAAGCAACUGUUCGGAACAACUGUACAAUCGACUGUUCAGAACGACUGUGCAGAGCAAGUGUUCAGAACAACUGUAUAGAUCAAGUGUUCAGAAUAACCGUACAGAACGACUGUAAUAAACAACUGCAAUAACAACUGUACAGAACAACGGUACAGAACAAUUGUUCAGAAUAACUGUGUAGAACAACUGUUAAAAUAAUUGUUCAGAACAACUGUUCAACACAGCUGUACGGGACAACUGUGCAAAACGAACUGUUUAGAACAACCGUACAGUACAACUGUUCAGAACAGAUAAUCCUGGUAACUAACAAUACACAGUGUGUUGUAUGUUUAGGCAUUUGACAAUACACUGUG